GAGGGGAGAAGUACUUCUUGCAAUACCUGGAUAUGACCUUAAGCCCUACUGGCAAAUGCUACUUCCUUUUUCCUAUGCCAUUGUAUCUGGUGCUGUAGGAUCAUGCUCGGUGUUGUUUGCAAAAUCCCUCUCUAACCUGCUAAGAUUGUCCAUGUCUGGUGGCUAUCAGUUGCAUAGCUGGUUCACAUACUCCAUGCUUUUAUUAUUUCUUAGUACGGCUGGCUUUUGGAUGGCAAGGUUGAAUGAAGGAUUAUCACUCUUCGAUGCAAUACUUAUUGUUCCUAUGUUUCAGAUUGCUUGGACUUUCUUCUCCAUUUGUACAGGAUUUGUAUACUUUCAGGAAUAUCAGGUAUUUGGUGCUCUAAGGACAACAAUGUUCAUAUUAGGAAUGAUUUCUGUAUUCAUAGGCAUUUCUUUGCUUGCACCAGACGAGGCAAAAGGGAAAACUUUGGUUUCUCUAAUUGAGAGAUAUGCAGUUGUUCCUGAUGACAACGUCAAAAGGAUAAAUUUUGCCGAGGGGAAGAUCUGA